GAACGUGUCGUUAUCGGCCUUCUUCGUCGAUGGACAGUUUAGUUAACGGCGUUAACUUUUCGAGGUAUGCUCCAACAGCAAAAUGGCGGCCACAUCGAAGAAACCAUGGCGAAAUUUCAGGCGAAAAGCCGCAGAUGAAAGCGACUCUGAAGACAAUAAAAAUGAACAACAAGAUGACGUUAUGGAAAUAGAAGAAGAGAAAAGCGCAGUUGAAAUCAUCGAAAAGCCUGUGAAAAAGAAAAAGAAGAAAAAAGACAAGAAAGAAUCGGCGAAACUUCUCAGUUUUGAAGACGACCACGACGUUGAGGAUGGAGAUGUUUUCAAAAUAAAGAAAUCCAGUCAGAGCAAAAGAUUAGCCAAACAACUGAAGAAGGAGAAGUUGAAGGAGAAAGAAGAGUAUUCAAAAGCUACAGAAGAAAACUCCAGUGCCAAGGAUCCACCACCUCCUAAGAAAUCUGAAGAGGAAGCAGAUGAAAAGAUCCGGAAACUGAGAGAGGAGUUUAUGACAUUGAAUGGUGAUGAUGCCGCAGCCGUGGAUCUAGACAGUGAAGAAGAGGACAAAGGCACUCUACACAAGUUGUUAGGAAAGGGUGAAAUACCAGAUGCCAACAUGAUCCACAAUAUCAGGAAAAAGAGACAGCAGGCCAGAAACAUGGGAGACUUUGUGCCAUUGGAUAACGCAGCUAAGCCAGAGAAUGCCUCGUCUAGACUCGUCAGAGAGGAUGACAAUGAUAAAAGUGAAGAUGAAGAUGGCAGAAUAGACUUCACUAUAAACGUCGAGGCUUUGGAACGGCAGCGUAUCAAGGACCAAUUCUUGGCUGCAGAGCAUGGAAGUGACGAGGAAAGUGACCAAGAGAGGGAGUGGGAGGCACAACAGAUCAGGAAAGGAGUCACGGUCGGACAGCCCGUGGAUACAAAAACCGAGGAUCAGGAGGCGUCUGAUGAGGGUACUAGACAGAGUAAUGGCUACACCUACCAGUCUACCACCACCGCCACUACAUUCCAACCUUUCACCGCCAUGUCUAAGACCAACAACCUGGCAGAUAUCAAUAUGGAUGUCAUUAAGAAACGUCUCAAAGAAAGACUUGAUUCUAUGGAGGAAGUCAGCCGGCGCCACACACAGGAACGGGAAAGCCUCAUCACUGACAUUGACGAUGCUGAUCAAAGCACUGUCACAUGCGAAGGCAGUGUUGAUGCACUGGAGAAGCGAUAUCGCUUCUUCCAAGAAAUGAGGGGGUAUGUGAGAGACUUGGUUGAAUGUCUCAAUGAGAAGGUGCCCAUCAUCAAUGACCUGGAGACGAGGAUGUUGAAUCUGCUGCGACGCCAGUCCGAGCAGUUGGUAUCCCGACGACAGCAGGAUGUACGCGAUCAGUGUCAGGACUACAUGACAAGUAAGGCUAAGAUCGUGAUGGAGUCAUCUGAAGGACAGGCCAAACAGAUGAGGGUAGCAGAGCGUGAAGCUAGAAGGUCCAGGAGGCGAAGAAAGCGAGAAGUAAAGAGCAUACGAGGCCAUCAUGAGGGACUGUCCUCUGACGAUGAGGAAAAUCAGUCUGAUAUUACAAAAUUCAAUUUAGAAAAAGAUGCCAUCGAUUCUGGUGUGGCUAGACUGUUUGAAGAUGUAGAAGAGGAUUUCAAGGAAGUGACUUGUGUGCGAGAAAGAUUCGAAUCUUGGAAACGAGAAUAUGGAGAGACUUACUCUGAAGCCUACAUUGGACUCUGUUUACCUAACCUCUUCAAUCCAUUUGUGCGACUUCAGUUAAUUCAAUGGAACCCACUUGAAGCACAUGGUCAGGACUUUGAAGAUACCCAGUGGUUCGAGACGUUGGUUUUCUAUGGCUGUCAGCCAGAGGAAACGGAGCAGGAUGCGAACAAUGACGAUGUCAAACUUUUACCCACCAUUGUAGAAAAAAUAAUAGUUCCACGAAUAACAGUAUUAGCGGAGACGGUAUGGGACCCUCUAUCUACCACCCAGACUUCGCGCCUUGUCAACACCAUCCAGCGUAUCAUCAGAGAUUACCCGUGUGCUCAUAGUUCAAACAAAUUCAUGCAGAACCUACUGCACGCUGUUGUAAAACGACUACAGAAAACUUUGGACGAUGAUGUCUUCAUGCCUCUCUAUCCAAAAUCGGCGAUAGAGAAUCGAUCGUCUGGGGCCGCAGUUUUCUUCCACAGGCAGUCCUGGACCUGUAUUAAGUUGCUGGGCAGCAUUAUGAGCUGGCAUGCUAUUAUAUCGACCAGUAUUCUACAGAACCUAGCUCUAGACGGCCUCCUAAACCGUUAUGUCAUCCUGGGACUCUGUAACUCUGUUUUGAACCAGGAAACCAUACAGAAAUGUCACUCGGUUGUCUCUACAUUCCCCAAGGAGUGGUUUGCUGGUCUGGACGAGGAGAAGACUCUACCCCAGCUGGAGAAUCUCUGUAAAUACAUGGUAUCUGCUGCUAAAACCAUUGAGAAGGACCUAGCCGCAGCUAAAGAUAUGGACAAGAAAGACCACAGAGACAUGAUUAAACAAAUCAGCAAGAUUCUGGUGAACGUUCAUGCCCUAAAUCACGCCCUCAGCCUUCAAGCAUAACAGGGACACAUAAUUGUAGAAGGAACACCACUGGAACUGUCUCCAGGCCGGCAUUUGUGUUCGCUGAACUGUAAUGUGCUCAUAUAGGGACAUCUGAUAAUACAGAUGACCAAGUACUGAAUUACAUUAAACAUUGCUGCAAGAUUUGUAAUUCAGAAGUGCUUCAAAAUAUGACAAAUUUAUAGUGAUUUUUCCUUGGUCUUUUGUGUUGUGUAGAAUAAAUUAAAAUGAUAGAGUAUCUUGUAAAGAAUAUUCUUAAUACUGCAAAGAAACAUGCAGGAACAUAUAUGAAAAGAAGUAUGCUUUCUACCAUAAAACAGACGUCUAAUGAACACUCACUACAUACACCUUAAAGUGACAUAUUUGUGUGUUCUCAUGAAUAUGCUGUCUCCAUGCCAAAGUGAUGUGCCAUUGUGAAUCUCAGAAAGAAUGCUCUCUAUACCCCAAAUUGACAAGUUAAGAGUAACCUUGUCUAGGAUGUUCUGUAGCCCAACAUGCCGGAGUGUAUCUCAUGAAGGAAAUUCACCUGCACCCAUGAGUGUCGCGAUGGAGCAUUCUCAUAAAAGAAUUCAAGCUCUAUAUACCCCAAAGUGAUAUGUUAAACCAUACCUCAUGAAGGAGACUUUCUACACCUCAAAGUGAUGUGCUGGAAUGCAUCUGUUUACAGACACUCCCUACACUCCAAAAUGGUGUUCUUGAGUGUAGCUUGUGAGAGUUGCUCUCUAUAUCUUCAUCCCUUCGUGACAUGCUGCAGCAUUCUCACAACGGACAAAUUACAAUCAAAUGUGAGGAGCUAGAGUGUAUCUGAUGAAAGAUGCUCACUUCACUUUUAAGUAAAAUGCUUAAGUCUAUCUCGUGAAGAACACUCUCUACUCUCAAAAGUGACAUUAAAGAAUAUAUCUCAUGAAGGGCCCUCUUUUACUCUCUAAAGUGUAUCUUGUGAAAGAGGCUCCUCACCUCAAAGGGACAUGCUAAAGUGUAUCUCAUGAAGAACACUCUACUCGCCAAAGUGAUAGGCUAGAGUAUCUCAUAAAGGACAAUCUCUACACUUGAAAAUAUCAUUCUAAGUUGUAUCUCAUAAAAGAUUCUCUACAUCCUGAAGUGAGGGACUCAAGGAUAUGUCAUAAAGGAACCAUCUGACACACAGUGAUGUGCUAGGGUGAAAAGGAAGCUUUCCAUACUCCAAACUGACAGUUACAUAUCUCAUGAAGUACAAUCUACACCCCAGAGUGGCAAGCUGGAAUGCAUCUGAUGAACAAUCUCUACAAACCCCAAAGUGAUGAACUAGAGUGCAUUAUGUGAAGAAUUCUCUCGCCAUCCUAAAGUGAAUAUCUGGUGAAGGAUGUUCUCUACACCCCAAAGUGACUUGAUAGAGUAUGUCAUUAAGGACAUUCUCUACAAAUACACCCACAAGACAGUCGCAAAAUUUCAUAUUCAUCGAUCCAUCUGGAUAACUAUUCCAUUGCACCUCUAGGUGAUAAUCAUUAAGUGUGCACAGUUCACAACAUUAUUAAGCUUUGGUUUGAAUCUUGAUAACCAUUUCAUUGGAACGGGAUGUGUAAAAGAAGGACCCUAGAAAUCAUUGAAUCUAGCCAGAUGUAUUGCAAAUUCUUGUUAUUGAAUAAAUAAAUCAUCAUGUAAGCAAAUUCCGCUGUACAGUAAUUAUAUUAAUAUUGAAAUACUUUGCAUGUAUAAAUCAUGUUGAUAUGUUCUAGAUACAUUCUGGAACUAUUAAAGAA